AGCCCGUGUAACCUUCGGACUAUUCUCCAUUCUCUCUCUUUACUUAGAUUUAUAUUUAUAGUUCGCUUCUUCUUCUUCUUCUCUGUGUCUGUGUCAUCCUCUUUUCUUUCCCAUUCACCUCUCUCUCUCUCUCCCUCUCUCUCUCUCUUGGGGUUCAAAUUUCAACAAAACUCACACCUGAUCACUCUCUUUCUCCGAGUCCAUAUCCAUGGUUUGAUAUUUCCAACACCCUCAGACACACACACAUCUCUCCUUUUCACGCUCACAGACGAAACGACAACCAAGAAAAACGACAAUGGAUUCAUCAUCUCCAUCAACGACAACAGCAGCGACCACUACCACCAACACUCCUCAUCAUCAUCAAAACUGGCUCGCCUUCUCUCUCUCCAACCACCCUGCUAACUUGCACUCUCCUCACCCUCUCUCUCUCUUCCAAAACCCCUUCACUCCCAACCACCACCACCACCACCACCAUGCCGAAGAUCAUCAAGAUGCAUCCUCAACCGAUCUCGCCAUGUUCACCGGCGGCGGCGGAGGCGGAGGCAGCGGUGGUGGUGCCCCGAAGCUCGAGGACUUUCUCGGCGGAGGACCCGCCUCCUCAAACGGCGACCAGUCGUUGCUCUGUAAUAACAACAAUCAGUUCGCCGCCGUUGAUCAAACGACGGUGCAGUCCUUGUCGUCCGGAAACUGCGCCACGGAGGCCGACCUAUACGAGUCGGAGCUUAAGACCAUAGCCGCUAGCUUCCUCCACGGUUUCAACUCUCAUAUCAAUACUAAUAAUAUGAUUAGUAACCCUAGUAAUAAUAAUAAUAAUAAUAAUCUCAUGAGUAUUAUUAAUAAUAAUAAUCAACGCCAAAUCGAAGUGAGCCCAAGUUGCCAGCUGGCAACGCCGCUGUCUGCGGUUGCUCCGGUGGUAGACUCCCCCGUCUCCUCCAAGAAGACCGUCGACACUUUCGGUCAACGUACCUCUAUAUACCGCGGUGUUACUCGGCAUAGAUGGACGGGAAGAUAUGAAGCUCAUUUGUGGGACAACAGUUGCCGCCGAGAAGGGCAGAGUAGGAAAGGACGACAAGUUUAUUUGGGUGGAUAUGAUAAGGAAGAAAAGGCAGCAAGAGCUUAUGAUCUGGCUGCUCUCAAGUACUGGGGACCCACCACCACUACAAAUUUUCCAGUCUCCAACUACGAAAAAGAACUAGAGGAGAUGACGAACAUGACUAGGCAAGAAUUCGUUGCUUCUCUUCGAAGGAAAAGUAGUGGAUUUUCUAGAGGAGCUUCAAUAUACAGAGGCGUCACAAGGCACCAUCAACAUGGUCGAUGGCAGGCAAGAAUUGGAAGAGUAGCAGGCAACAAAGAUCUCUACCUUGGCACCUUUAGCACUCAAGAAGAAGCAGCCGAGGCAUACGACAUAGCAGCCAUAAAGUUCCGAGGCCUAAACGCCGUGACCAACUUCGACAUGAGCCGCUACGACGUUAAAAACAUAGCCAACUCCAACCUUCCCGUAGGAGGAAUAAUGUCAAACACCAAGUCCAAAAUCUCACCCGACCGGGCGGCCGACGACUCGGCCGCCGCCGCCUCCUCCUCCUCCUCCUCAGUCGUCACCUUCGCCACCGCCACCGCCACAACACCCCAACUCUCCUCCACUCUAAGCUUCGCUAUCCCCAUCAAACAAGACCCCUCAGUCUCGUCAAACACAACAACAUCAUCAUCCUCAUCAGACCACAGUUACUGGUCCAACAUCUUCGGUUUCCAAAACCCUAGCCCUACUAAUAAUACCACAACAACCGCUCCUGCUACUCCAAAUGCCUCAUUGCAGUUGCCUUCGUUGUUCCAAAACAAGCCCUCCUCUUCGGUUCUCAACAACAACCCAUUUAACAACAUGGAUAGUGGUACCAAUCAGGGCUUCUCGGCCACAACCACUAAUGCAACUACGACCACCACCGCCACCGCCAGUUCACACGAGAGCAACAAUGGAGGGUUCUAUGGUUACGAGCAGUCUUCUAAUAACAAUGCUAAUAAUUUGGGGUACGGACUGAUGAGUAGCUGGAUCAGUAACAGUAAUCAUAAUAUCAAUGGACCGAGUAGUCUUCACACGUUUCACCAUCUUCAUCAUCAUGAAGCGGUUCAUGCGAAACAACCGAGUCUUUUUCAGACACCAAUCUUCGGCAUGGAAUGAUCAUUGUGUGUGUGUGUGUGUGUUCGAAAACUCGCACGUGGGAAUCUGAGCAGUGGAAGAGGACGAAAAGCUGUGUUUUUUCUUUGGAGUUUUUUUUUUUUUGGUAUUUUUCAAUUGCAUGGAAAAGGGUUCGACUUUAUUAUAUAUAUAUAUAUUAUGAGGUGAAUAUGGGAUAAUGUGAAUCAUGUGGUGGAACUGACAAUGUAGUAGUAAGAGCAGUACUAGUACUAACUGAAGUAGUUCUUUUAGCACCAUGUUUGUUUGUUUCUUUUUUUUUUUCUUUCACUUUACGCUUUUUCUUUUUCUUUUCUUUUUUUUUUACUGACAUGAUUCUAGGUAGGAAAGAAAUCCUUUUGUAAUCCUUGUUAUUAGUUUCACCUUCUUGUUUAAGAGUAACAAAAAAAAAAUUAUCAAUGUGAAAAAACAUUUCUUGUGUUUA